AUGGAAAUUAACGAGGCCUUGACAUUGGAUAAGUACUUAGACCAUGUCGCUACUGAUUUGGACAACCAGUACUUCCCCUUGAGUGUGGUCUCCCCUUCAGAACUUGCAGGUAUGAGUAAAGAAGAUGAAAGGAAGUGUAGGCUUUAUGGAGCUACCCUGAUUCAGCAGCUAGGAAUCCUUUUAAGACUCCCUCAAGACACUAUUUCAGUCGGAUGCUCCAUAUUCCAUAGAUUUUAUUACAAAAAGACUUUUAUGAAAUGUGAUUGAUCCAUAGCAGCUUGUGCCGCACUGUUCAUCGCAACCAAGGUUGAAGAGCAACCCAGAAAAUUGAGAGAUGUGGUGAUCACCUUUGAUUAUGUCAAAAAGAUCCUUUCUGGGCAUGAACGUCCCAUUCCAGUCAUGCUAUACGGCUCAAGUAGUUUUACUUCUCUCAAUAAAGACGCAGUGAGUGCUGAGAAAUACAUGAUGAAAGUACUAGGAUUCUCUUUGAAAAUAGACACUGCUUAUAAAUAUCUCUGUGAAUAUAUCAGAAUCCUUCAAGGAACUGGCAGACUAAGGCAGAAAGCAUGGAAUUACAUAAACGAUGCUUACAAGACAGUAGCAGUAGUCUGAUUUCCUCCUAAUGCUGUCGCAGUAACAGCCAUCUACAUUGCAGCUAGUAAUCUUAAUUAUGGCCUUCCUGAUUGAGAAUGGUACAAAGUUUUUGGAGUUCAUGAUAUCAGAAUAAUUAAAGUUAUUGGAAGUGAAAUCCUUCAGCUCUAUGAAGCAGAUAUUCCAGAUCACAUAUUCGCAAAAAGAGUGGCAUCUCAAUAAUUUGUUUCAAUAUCUGUGCUAA